GGCCUUCCCCAGCUGAGUACCAAUAAGUAUUCUGGUCUCUUCAGUUCUAGACGUUAACAAAAAGACCUCAGACCCCAGGUGAGGCGAGAGACAUGGGGAUUCCCCUCCAUAUCUGCAUAUUGCUGGUUUUGUGCACCUUUAUCCAGUCAAGUGCCUCUGGACAAGACGUGGGAACAGAGCCACUUGGGAGAAGCCAGGGAGCUACUGAUGCAAAGAAACCAUCCCGGGAGACAGAGACCAGAUUCCUGCUCUUCAGAAAUGAAAGCGAUCACCUGGGCUGCCAGCUCCGACUCCAGCGCCCGGAAACACUGCAGGAGUGUGGCUUCAACGCCUCCCAGCCUCUGGUCAUGAUCAUCCAUGGGUGGUCGGGCUCAGAAAGUGCUACCGUGGGGAAAAAUUCAGACAGUGAUUAUCAGGUGGAUGGCUUGCUAGAAACGUGGAUCUGGAAGAUGGCGGGCGCGCUCAAGUCCCGACAGUCCCAACCCGUAAACGUGGGGUUAGUGGAAUGGAUCUCCCUGGCUUACCAACACUAUGCUGUUGCUGUUCGUAACACCCGUGUUGUGGGCCAGAAGGUAGCUGCUCUUCUCCUAUGGCUGGAGGAAUCUGUGAAGUUUUCUCGAAGCAAAGUUCACCUAAUCGGGUACAGCCUGGGAGCGCACGUGUCGGGCUUUGCCGGCAGCGCCAUGGGUGGGAAGCGCAGGAUCGGAAGAAUCACAGGGCUGGACCCCGCAGGCCCUAUGUUUGAGGGGGCCCCCCCCAACCACCGUCUUUCUCCAGAUGACGCCAGUUUUGUGGACACCAUUCACACCUUUACCCGGGAGCACAUGGGCCUGAGUGUGGGCAUCAAACAGCCCGUUGCCCACUAUGACUUCUACCCCAAUGGGGGCACCUUCCAGCCCGGCUGCCACUUCCUGGAGCUCUACAGACACAUCGCAGAGCACGGCUUAAAUGCCAUACCCCAGACCAUCAAAUGUGCCCACGAGCGCUCAGUGCACCUCUUCAUUGACUCCUUGCGACACGGCGACCUGCAAAGCAUCGGCUUCCAGUGCAGCGACAUGGACAGCUUCAGCCAGGGCCUGUGUCUGAACUGCAAGAAGGGACGCUGCAACACUAUGGGCUACGACAUCCGCAAGGAUCAGUCAGGCAAGAGCAAGAAGCUCUUCCUCAUCACUCGAGCCCAGUCCCCCUUCAGAGUUUAUCAUUACCAGUUCAAGAUCCAGCUCAUCAAUCAAAUCGAGAAGCCGGUGGAGCCCACGUUUACCAUGUCUCUGCUGGGAACAAAAGGAGAAAUGAAGAGGAUUCCCAUCACAGUGGGUGAAGGAAUUACCAGCAAUAAAACCUAUUCCUUCCUUAUCACGCUGGACAAGGACAUUGGCGAGUUGGUAGUGAUCAAGUUCAAGUGGGAAAAUAGUGCGGUGUGGGCCAACGUGUGGAACACAGUCCAGACCAUCAUGUCAUGGGGCACGGAACCUCACCACGCAGGCCUCGUUCUGAAGACCAUCUGGGUCAAGGCUGGAGAGACGCAGCAAAGAAUGACAUUUUGCCCUGAAAACGAGGAUGACCUACUACUUCACCCCACCCAGGAGAAAGUCUUUGUGAAAUGUGAAGUGAACUCUCAAAGACUGAGGCGGAAGAGCAAAUGAGUCAAAGAGGCCCAUGCAAAAAACCAAAGAAACCUAUUUCUUUAUCUGUAAUGGUUGCCUUAUUUGGAAGCCAAAAUUACACAAAUAACCAAGCAUAAAUUUAAAUAAAGAUUAUAUGUAAAGGA